UAUAAAUAUAGAAGCCAAUAUGAUGAGUUUUUCACCCAAAACGAAAAUCAUUACAAUUUUUUUUUUUUUUUUAAAGAAUAGAUGGGUUUCAAAGUACUUCGUCUUUUCACCUAUCUCUUCCCAAUGGUUCUCUUCACAUCUUUAAUGGUUCUCUUCUUAUCUUUGGAUGUCACAGCUAGAGAAUUGACUACAAGUUCAAAUCACAUGACCACCACUAGAGAAUUGACUACAAAUCCAAAUGAAAUGAUCACCCGAAUGGACAUAAAACACAUCCACCGUCGCCUAAUGUUCCACCGCCGGGACAAUGUGAUUCAGGCAACUGUUGUGGGCAGGCCAACGACCAUUUUGGUUCUUGUAACUGCUGUUAAGAGAAAUAUAACGCCUUCUUACAAUUGGAUAACUUGCUAG